AGCAUGCCAAACUAUAGAUUCCAGCCGUAUUUCUUGCAGAAAUCCCUGCGUGGUUAGGAUUUUUAGGGUCAUUACACAUCGCAGAGCGAUCCGCGUUACUCUAUAUAAAGCAAAUCAUUUUUAUUUUAUUGCAUAAGUCAUGGAAGGCGCCCAUUCCGACAUUGCGAUGUAUAGGGAAUCGGACGACGCGGCCAUUAUAUCCUUCUUUGAGGAAAGCCCAGUCUCAGGCGAAGUUGUUGCAGAUGAAGUUGCAGCUUUCCUCCAAAGGCACUCCGAUGGGAGUCUUCCGUGCGGAGCAGGAGAUUGCGUAAGCACAAACAGGCCCAUUGUUGUAGUCACAUCGGGAGGCACGACUGUGCCAUUGGAGCGCCGCUGUGUCCGGUUCAUAGACAACUUCAGCGCUGGUACACGGGGGGCCCUCUCCACGGAGCAAUUCCUCGAGGCUGGCUAUGCUGUCAUCUUCCUCACGCGAACGGGCUCCCAGCAGCCCUUCUCGCACUUGCUGCCAUCCGCCGACCCCCCCGAGCUAGUCAGCCGCAUCGCUUGCCUGGCCCACCAGCCAGCAGCACCAGACCCGCCUUCGCUAGCAGCCAGCCCAACCCCUCAGUCAGUAAUGCCCAGCUGCCUAGGUGCGCCUCAGAGCAACAACUGCCAGACGCUAUCUACAGCUCCAGUAGCAGCACUUGCAGGCAGCAGUAGCACGGACGCCGGUUUGGUGCGGAUUCGUCCCGAGCACGCGGCGGCAGUAGCACAGGUCCUUCGGGCGCAGGAGACCAGUACCGAAGCUGGGACGCUACUGACGAUCAAGUAUGAAACGAUCUUUCAAUACUUAACGUACCUGCGGAUUAUCGCGGACCUGCUGCGGCCACUAGGCGCCCGGGCGAUGCUGUAUUUGGCAGCCGCAGUCAGCGACUUUUUCGUUCCCUGGAGCAAGCUGGUGGAACACAAAAUUCAGAGUUCCGAUGGUCCCCUGGUGUUGCAUCUCCAAAAGGUGCCCAAGAUGCUGGGUGCGUUGGUAAGUGAGUGGGCUCCGGGUGCCUUCGUGGUCAGCUUCAAGCUGGAAACCGACCAGCGAAUUCUCGUGGACAAGGCCAACACUGCGUUACAGCGCUACGGUGUGCAUCUGGUGGUGGCCAACCUGCUGCACAACCGCAAGGAUAUAGUCACGCUAGUGGAGCCAGCGGUGCAGGGCGCUGCUGCGCGGCAUGGAGGCGCUGACGGCACCGGUUGUGGCGGAGGCAGCAGCGGCAGCGGCAGCGGCAGUGCCGUACACGGGCAUACCGUGGCUGAGGAUGGGAAGGGGGACCGGGGCGGCGGCGGCGCCGCCGCCGCCGAUGGCGUGUAUGUGACGGAGAUACGGCGCCCGGCUGAGGAACCAAACAUUGAGAGAUUGCUGGUGGCGGAGGCUAUUCGUGAGACGGUCGCGACGGCGGUGAACACCAAGAUGCCGGGAGUUAAGAACUUACAGACGAAUGUGGUUAACUCUGGGGCGCUGGCACCGCUCACGGCACUGGCUCGGCGGGGCUACCCUGUAGCAUUUGAGGCUUUGCAAAUUUUAUCAUAUCGCAACACGCAUGUUUGCCAGCAGCUGGUGGAGAAAGGUGUCGUUGACCUUAUCUCCAACACGUUGAGCGACAGCAGUGUCGAUCUCCAAUGCGCCAUGUGUUUCCUGCUCACCGCGUUCGCGGCCUUCGCGGACUCCUCCCAUGCGCCCAUGAUGCGCUCGGGCCUGGUUCCCAAGCUCGUCAUGCUGUGCCGUACACAGGUGGCUGACGUGGCGGUGGAGACAGGCGCCCGAGUGGCCACCCUGCAGACCCGGGCUGCUGCCGUACUGCGAAACCUGGCUCACAACCAGCGCAACCAUGCGGUGCUCAUCCAAGCUGGGGCGGUGGACCCGCUCGUCAAUAUCAUGAGGAGCAGCGCGGACUCGGCAUCUCGCAUUAAUGCGGCUGUAGCAGUGGCCUGCCUUGUGGGCCACGAGGAGGGCAACCCGCGGCUACAGCUCGACGAGGACCUUGUGGGGGAGAUGCUGGAGGUGCUGGACUCGGCGUGUCAGGGUGCCAUGAAACACGGAGUCUUCUGGACGGUGUGGAAGUUGUGCCAGGGACUGGCGUCUCUGAGCGUCAACGAUAAGAACAAGGAAAUGAUAACGGCCAAGGGCGGUGUGGAGAUCCUGGCCGAGGUGGUGAUGGGUCGCCACCACAACCAGGAGACCGCGCACCGCUUCGCGCUGUCGGCUCUGUGGAACCUGGCCUUCAACGAGCGGAGCAAGGCGGUCAUCAUCGAGACACCCGGGCUCGUGGACUCCAUCAGGAACAUUCUAGCAUCCUCGGAGUCGCCCAAGACGCGGGAGGUGGCCAAGGGGGCGCUAUGGACGCUGGGGCUGGAGCAGGACGUGAAGAGCCUGCAGGAGGGCGGAGGGCGGCUGGUGGCGGGUGACGGAGGCGAGACGGAGGCGCACACACAGCACGUGAUGUUGUCGUACGAGUGGGGCUGCCAGCAGUCCGUCAUGCUGAUCAAGAGCGAGCUGCAGAAGGCGGGGUAUAUGACCUGGAUGGAUAUAGACAAGAUGAGCGGUAGCACCCUGGAGGCGAUGGCGAAGGCUGUGGAGGACUCAGCGGCGGUGCUGGUGUGCGUCAGCAAGCGCUACAAGGAGAGCCAGGCCUGCCGUACAGAGGCAGAGUACGCUUUCCAGCAGCGGAAGAAGAUUGUCCCGGUGUUGAUGGAAGCAGACUAUAAACCCACGGGCUGGCUGGGAGCGCUUAUGGGUACGCGACUGUACUUCAACAUGUCGGAUGUACGGCAGAUCCCGUCCAAGAUGGGGAUCAACGCCACAGCCAACGGUGAUGCGCCGAUUCGCGCCUCGACCUCUCUGGCAGUCGUGACGGCAUCCGACAGGGCGGACUCUUGGAACGUGUAUGAGGUGGAGGAGUGGCUGAAACGCAUCAAGUGCGCGGACUACGUGGGCACAUUCCGGGAGCACAGCAUGGACGGCGUCGCUCUGAGUGGACUGUACCGUAUGGGCACCGAUAUGCGGUUCCUGCAUGAGACGCUUCGGAGCGAGUUCGGCGUCACGGUGAUGGGUCACCGGCUCCGGCUGAUAGAGGAGCUCAACAAACUGUUUGGGUGA